AUGAAGGAAGUUGCUCUGAAGAUAGCGGAUAGUUUCCAGAAAUAUGAGGCAGUUGAAAUUUGGGCCACUAUUGACGGUGGUCUGAAAUUUUUCCGAAUGGAGUUAUCAAAGGAGGAAUCUAUAACUACCCCUAUUUCUUCGGUGCUUCUAGUUUCAAAGUUUACUCUGGCAAAUCAAAGUGAGUACGGUUCAGAUUGGAAUGUACAUUUGGAUUCGGAUUUGGCCUCAGUUGUUCAGAUUGACAAGGCUGCUUAUAUUAAACCCAUAGACCAAAUCCAUUCUUAUUUAGAUGAGUCCAUACAUCGUGGCCCAGCUAUUUUAGAUUUGGAUGUUAAAGAGGCUGAUUUCCUUUUUGAAGUGGGUGUAAUAGUAGAAUCCAACCCAUCACUUGCUGGUUCUUGUUUCCAGAAGAGUUCCCUUAAUGAAACACAAAGUCCAUUCUCUAACUUUCAUAGAUGUCCUAAUCAGUCUACAGAGGUUGAAUCUAAUAUCGUUCCUCGUCGGCGUUUCUCUCGGGUAGAAAAAGGGAAAUCGAUUAGGGAUUAUAAACCCACUCCAAGGGAUCCAAAUUGGUCCAUUCAAGAAGCCAUCUGUGGUGAGAAGCGGAGUUACAAGGGCAAGGGGGAUGCAGGAAUUCAACGGAAAUGGGAUUCGUUUGAGCAGGUCCUGAGUAUUCGAAUUAGAACAGCUUAA